GCCCACGCAACAGUGAGCAGAGUGGUCUGUGACUAUCCUUCCUCCAUCCUUUUUAUCUUCCGGUCUCAAAAGGGACUGGUAGUGUUUUUGCUUUUGUACUGUUAUAGAUUUUGAUGGAGCAAUCAUCAUCUUCAUCGUCCUCUUCCUCUUCCUCUUCUUCCAAAAAAGAAAGUCUUGACGUUCCUCUGCAUUCCUUUGGGUUCCAAAUUGAAGAAUUGUCCCCUCAAAAGGUCACUGGUCGCCUGCUUGUUACUCCCAAGUGCGUCCAGCCGUUCAAGGUAUUACACGGCGGAGUAUCGGCGUUGAUUUCGGAAGCGAUGGCUAGCAUAGGGGCCCACAUGGCAUCGGGAUUGCAAAGAGUGGCUGGGAUUCACCUGAGCAUCAAUCAUGUGAAAAGCGCCCGCCUUGGAGACCUUGUCCUCGCCGAAGCCACUCCCUUCAGUAUAGGCAAAACCAUCCAGGUGUGGGAGGUACGAAUCUGGAAAUUAGCUGAUCCUUCUAACACAGAGUCCUCCAAAUCAUUGGUAUCAUCGUCAAGGGUUACUCUCUUGUGCAACUUGCCUGUGCCUGACCAUGCUAAAGAAGCCACGGAAAAUCUCAGAAGCCAUGCUAAAUUAUGAACGCUCUUUUAUUGCCUGCCUACCACCACGACAUGGUCGUAGUCAUUACUCCUGAUAUUUUAGUCAAUAAUAAUAAUAGUACAAUUGUACUACUGUAAUUCAGUGACUUCUAGUUCUUGCUGUAUGAUUCUCAAAUUUCAGUCCGAAGAGUAUGAAUAAAUUCAUCUAAUUUACUCCCAGUUA